GAUGAAUUUAAUUUUGAUGGAUUUCCAAUCAAAAGCUGUGCAAAAUCACCAAGACCAUCGAUCAAUUCUCAACAAAGAACAAAGAAGACUUCAUUAAUCUACUUGUUCAAUCACAAUCAAUCAUCAAAUAAACUCACUCAGCUCAUCAUUUCUUAACUUCAAUGUUAGAUGCAAACCUAUAUACUCUAAGUUUUAUUCAAUCAGUCAAUGAACCUAAUAAAUUAGUUUUAAUUGAAGAAGGAACUGGUGAGCCAGUUUAUUAUCGUACACGUUCUUCUCAUGAACAGGAUCAACUUAAAUUAGACUUAUUUCAUUCACUUACGAAUGCACAUUUAGCAAGCUUACAAAAUUUGAAUCAUAAACUAAAAUUAAUUUCUUUAUACAAUCCUAACCUACCUAUCGAAUUAAAAAAUUCAAGUUUGAUUCAUUGGGAAUGGACUUUUACAUUUACUACUAAUAGUAAUGGAAACGGAAAGGGAAAGGGAAAGGGAAAGGGAAAUGAAGAUGGAAAAGAUCAAGAAGAAAGGUUUAAAUUUUCUUGGAAACGUGAUCUUUUAGGAUUAAAAUCAAAUCGAAAAGGAUUAGGUUAUACAUGUUGGUUAAUCAGAAAACCAGAUCCAGAUUAUCCAUGUGCGAUUUACAAACCUAAAACUUCAAAUCAACCAGCAAUAUGUCAAAUCCUAGAUUUCAAUAUCCAAAGAAUUGAAGGAAUUCAAGAUAAGAAAGGACUUGAAAUCGUGAUGAUCUUAUCACUUCUUGCAUUUACAGAACCGAUCACUGAUCACGAAUUUCGGAAACCCAAACCAACCAAUUCACCAGACCAAACUCCAUCUCAAGCUCCAGUUCCAAUUCAACCCUUAACAUCAACAGAAGCCAAUCGAAUCCUAAACGAUGAUGUGGAACCUAAUGAGAUCUUAAUCAAUGAAGAAGAACCGAUCGACAGAUUUAUCCAAACCGGACUCAAACUCUUAUCAGAUCCACUUUUGGUAUACAUAUAUAUCCAUGCCUCUACACCUAAAACGAUACCCAUGGCAGUUAAAGUAGCCGAAUCGAUCAAACGAACUCGGUUUAAAGACUUUCAAGAAGACUUACAACAAUAUUUAAUGGAUGAUAUCAUGAGUCGGAAUUUAAAAGGUAAAGGUAACCAAUCCAUCAAUGAUCAGAAACCAACUUCAAAUACACUUAAGAUUUAUUUAUCAAGGACUCCAUUAGAUGAAUUAUUACCAAAACCAAACUUGAAAUCGAAAUCAAAUCCUUCCAAACCACCCAUUAAACCACCCAAAACUUUAAAUGGUGUUCAUACUUCUAAACCUCCUGGAUCAAAUAAAAAACUAAUACAUAAGAAAGUUUGAAAAAUGUGACGUAGGAAAUGAUCAAGCGGAGAAGUUUUGGUAGUUUCGGUUUAUAUGCUGAUUUCUUUUAUAUUCUUAUAAGUUCUUGUAGCAUUGUGUUUUCUGUUUAGGAUAGAAUGGAAAAGAGAGAGAUUCUUCUGAUUUGAAAACCAACUUGGAUUUUCGUGUGUGUGUUUUUUCUUUUCUUUUUACUUUGAAUCUAUAUAUGUAUAUGAUUUUAACUAUGAUGAAUAAUCCGAAACAUGAAAUGUAUGGUGAUAUAUACCUAUCGAUAGCUUGAAAAUC